AUGGCGGAUGUUUGGGAAUCUUAUACAAAAAGUGAUCCUGAUGGGAAAAUGGAACCCACAUUGGAUAUGACUUUUAAAGAUUAUACUGAGUCCAAUAUUGCUCUCGUUAAUCUUCAACAGGCUCUAGCUACACUUCCCUCCAAUCAAAGAACGGUCGUUGUCUCGAAAAUUAUUACCAUAGCAAAGAGUCUUGCCGGCCCUCAAAGUGCACUGGCUACCUACACAUCUCGUGCACUUGCAUUCACCGAAAGAGCUGGUGCCCUUGCUCCAGUGGCUAUUGCCGCUGUUCUUUUAUCAUGGGAAGCUUUAAAAAGCAUCGCUGCUUGGUGGAAGGGUGAGAUAUCUGGCAAGAGAUGUGUAGCAAACAUUGUUAAUGCUGCUUCGACUAUUGGUGGUGGUGCUGCGGGGGGUGCAGCUGGCGUAUACAUUGGUACGCUUAUAGCUCCGGGCAUUGGGACAGUAAUUGGUGGACUCGCCGGAGGUAUCCUUGGGUCCUCUGCUGCCGCUGCACUCUCUAAGUGGCUUACCGAAUAUUUCUUUGAUUUGCCACCAACUGUCGCAUUAGAGAAGGCUUACACGUUUCUGGAUCUUAAACCAUCUUGUACAAACAGUGAAAUCAAUUCACAAUUCAAGAAAUUGGCUCUCAAGUAUCAUCCUGAUAAAGGUGGUUCCGCUGAAGAUUUCCAUAAAUUGCAAGUUUCAGUUGCUAUAAUAAAGCAAGCACGUGGACAAGGCGUCUAA